GCGCUUAGGGAGCAUUUCGGGCAGGUUCGGAAAGUGCGGGUUACAGGCGAGAGCGCCUGCCGAGUAAUGUUUUCAAGAUGGCGGAUGCUGUAAAUCGAAAGUCGUAUUAUCGACAAGAAAAGCAAUUUAUUGAGGAAGGCUAUGGUGAUCGACUCUUUCAAACGGCGAAAGAGGAAGGAAAAGUUAUUUGUGUUGAAUGUUAUGACACUGACGGCAGUAUUAAAUUCUUUUCAUCGGCUGGGGUGGGCUUCCAUUACAGGCAUGCUCACAAACGGUAUUCUUUCAAAAAGGAAAAUUCUUUAAAACUAUUUAGUGAAUUACAUUUCGAAGAGACCAAACUUUUCAUAAAUCAGUUAUCUGCCUUUAGAUCAAGUAACAGUCUUGGUUUAGAUUUGUUCAAAGAAUACGAGGUUAAAACGGAUCAUUUACGUACAAGUAUUUAUAGCACGUGUAAGAAAGAUGCUGCAAAACUUGCUGGAUUAGCUUUAUCUCACGGAAACUACGUAAAUCCUUCGUUAACAAAUGGCUAUCCUUUAAAAGUGAUCAAAGUAGGAGACACUCAAGAUUUCGAGGAGAAAUUCCUUGUUUGGAAGUCCUCUUCCAAAAUAUAUGUUGAAUCUGUUUAUUACAGAGAGGUAAGUCGUUUUGAUAUAUUAAAAUUGUAUGACAAUUGUAAACUUUGUCGCAAUUCUUGACUAAUUCUUUGAUUGUAUAAUAUAUAUUUAUUAUAUUUAUUUUUUAUAUAUAUAUUUAUUACAACAAAGGUUGCCACAACAGUCUGUUUCAUCCAAGAGGAAUCGUCAGGUGAUUCCGACUGGAUGGAACAGACUGUUGUGGCACCCUUUGAGGUAAGACUAUUAUAUAUAUAUAGACCGCUACAUAAUGUUACACUAGUGGAAUUAUCAACGUGGAAAAGCACAAUAUAUGUAUAUAUAUUUAUAUAUAUGUAAUGUUUACAACAUGAGCGGCGAGAAGGCGAGAGUUUGUAUAUCUGAUACAACACGGACGCGAAUGUUGUAAACACCUUAAAAAACGACUCAUCUUAUGAGUUCAUUGGCGAAGUAAUUUUAAAAAUAAACCUUGUCUAAGCCGAGAAAAUCAAAGUUAAAGUUUAUGUAAAUCAACAUGAAUCUGUAUCACAUAUACAGAACGACACGCUUAUGAUUUUUCUUUGUGUUUUCUUCAUGAAUUAUUAAUAAGUUUUUUAAAUAUAUAUACAAUAUUGCUAUUAAAAAUGUAUUUUCUGUGAUCCCUAGAUGCCAGUUCGCUGUUUUGAUGAGCUACCUCUUCAAGGAAUGAGUGUGAAUAAGGACAUUGAUGAUCAUCUACCAGGGGAGCAAAAUCCUGAUGGAAUAUUGAAAAAUGUAUUUGGACAUUCUUCAUUCAGACCGGGACAAAAGGAAGCAAUAAAUGCUGUGUUACAACAAAAAGAUGCAGUUGUUGUCAUUCCUACUGGUGGUGGAAAAACAGCAAUAUACACAAUCCCAACAUUACUUAUGCCUGGUAUAACUGUUGUUGUUUCACCUUUACUGAUGUUAAUGCAUGAUCAGUUGUUAAAUUUAAGAGAAAAGGGCAUUAACACAUGUUACAUAAACUCAAUGCUAACUAAGGAUCGCCGUGAAGAAGUGAUAGUGAACUUAUCUAGACCAGAUAGUGAAUAUAAGGUACUGCUGACCAGUCCAGAAGUGUUAAUGAGCCCAACAAUGCACACAUUGCUUCAAAAGUUGAAAUGUGAAGGGCGACUAAACUUUUUCGCUAUAGACGAGGCACAUUGUAUUGACACUUGGGGGGUUGAUCUUCGCCCAGAUUACCAAGAGCUUGGUGUCCUCAGGAAGUAUGGGGUCCCUAUUGUUGCUUUAACUGGAACUGCUACAGCUAUAACAAUUGAACAAAUUAAAAGCACACUAAAACUUUUAAACCCAGAGAUAAUCAAAUUGCCAUUUGUUAGAGAGAACCUAAUAUUCGAGGUUUUCCAGAAGAAACCUGGAUUUUCAGCUGCACUUAAACAAGUUGUGGAACUAGUAAGUUCGAGAUUCAAUGGUCAAUGUGGAAUUGUGUAUUGUAGUCACAGGGAAGAUACAUCACAGUUAUCCUUACAAUUGAAAGUGAAUGGUAUUUCAUCAAUAUAUUUUCAUGGUGGCAUUGUGGAUCCAAAAACCAAAUUGAAACAUGCAAACUUGUGGCUGGAUGGAAAUGUCAAUGUCAUGUGUGCAACAAAUUCUUUUGGGAUGGGUAUUGACAAGCCGGAUGUGCGCUUUGUAAUUCACCUUACUUUUCCACCAAGUUAUGAAGCAUAUGUUCAAGAGUCAGGGAGAGCUGGUCGGGAUGGCAUUGAUGCACACUGCAUUGUGUUAUAUAGGUUUGAAGACAGGAAAUUUCACUUGCAUAACAUCACGAAUGCAACACUGCCUGAUGCAAGAUCAAAACGCCUCAAGUCUUUAAAUGAAUUUUCCCAUUAUUUGAUGGAUAAUGUACAUUGUCAGCAAAAAAUUAUUGCUGAAUACUUUGGGAGCACCUUGGAAGGAAAAUGUGGAAAAUGUGGUAACUGUCUUAACCCUGUUAUCCCAGUGAGAAAAGAUUACACUUUGCAUGCGAAGCAGCUAAUAACUUGUAUACAGCAUAUGCAGUCAUUGAAAGACAAAGUAAGUGUUGAUGAAUUGGGAUCAACAUAUAUUGGCUCAAAAUCGGCAGCUGUUAGAAGUCAAAAGUUUGAUCAGGUACCAGAGUAUGGUGAAGGAAAAGGACAUUUCAAGUCUGUUGGUCAUCUUACACGUUUCAUAAACCAUCUAAUAAUUGGUAAUAUAUUUACUGAGAACUUAAGAGAUGAACAUGAUAAGGUAAAGUCAGCAUAUUUAUCUGUAGGAGAUAUCCGUGAACUUUUGAGUGAAAACAUUAAUGUUAUGUUUUAAAUUGCAUUUUACACAUUGUAUAUAACUUGUAAAUAUUGGGAAACUCCACUCUUGGAUUUGUGUCAUAAUAGCUUUAAUACUGUAGUCAUAUUUACGUUGAAACAAAAAGAUUGCAACAGGUUUCUCCAAAAUAUAACUGUACUGAACAACAUAGAAUCGUAGUCCAUCAAUUAUUAUACCCAGACCAAGUAAAUCGGCUGUUCAUAGCCUUCUUUUUAUCAUUAGUAACUUGUCUUAAUCCUACCAACAAUUGUGUUAUUUACAGUAAAUUCCUUUAGUGUUGUCAAGUGCAAUAAUCAAAAAAUGCAUACGAAUUGCACACAUCAUUAUCUAUACAUCAUUUCUGUGAUGAUCAAAACAUAAAUAGCAUGCCAAAAAUGCUUGUAAAUAUACAAUACGCACAAAUAACAUUUAGGAAAUGCUUCAAAAUUAUUUUCAAUUUGAUGGUACAAAUUAACUAUUACACUUGACAACCUUAACUGAAAAGGUUUCGAAAAGCCGACAUGCAUUAUUAUACCGUUGUGCGGUUGUGGUAACUUUGAAAUCACGAAUAGAUUGCCUAUCGUUACACAAAAGUUUGAGUUCACUUUGCUUUAGAACAACAUAAUCAACCGUUAAAGUUGACUCGAGUUAUGUAAAUGCAUGUCCUCUUUAAGUUACUCACUGUUUUCACGAUCAUGUUCAUGAUCCGCUAUAACGUCACUAGCGUUCGUCAAUCUGAUCGUCAAACUCAUCCUCAAACUCAUCAUCAACUAGAAUACUGUAUCGUAAGUCUGGAAAGCAGUUGUACAGUUUCGCUCUAAAGUUGCUUUUUAUUAUGUCCACGCCCUUCUCGUACGAGCUUACUACCCUGCUUGAUAUCUUUCCUUCGAAUUGUCCUUUCUUACCCAAAGGAACAGCAUGUACAUCUUUUCUACCUUUGAUUGCAAAGAAUUUCUUCGACAGGCAAACCCAUCCAGCUUUAAGUUGAUCUGGGAAGGAACUUUGUACAGAGUGACGUGUUGUGUGGUGAACAUCAAAGCUUUCUCUACUUUUGUAAGCUGCUCGACAAGAUUUCAUGAGAUCGACAUUUCCCAUAAUGCGUUGACACAUUUUGACUGUGGUAUGCCCGCUGAUAUACAUUUUAAGUGGUCGCACCACCUCACUCUCCACAUAUGCAUCCAUUUCAAUUCCUUUCCCUUGAUUCCCAUAUAGGUUAACACAACAGUUAUCUUGAAGAACUAGUCUCGUUACUUUGGGCCAUUUAGCUGUGAGGUUUACAACAUGUCUAAAAGUUUCCUGAAAGUAGUUCCGGAAUCCUAGUUGUGCAUAAACUGGAACCAGGAGCUUGUAGACGAUCUCUAGAGCUCUUCCGUCACCAUAUCGUAUGCAAUCAUCAUACAGCUGCAUAAGAGGACCGUAAUAGCAGAAGGUGCUGGAAUGAUGCUUGAAUGUAACGUCUUCUGCACAGCCUUUGCUUAGCCAUUCCUUAAAACGUGCCAGUAUGAUAUCAGAAUGGUUGCCAUUUAUUUUCAUCGAACGCGCGAGGUCUGUAUUAGAUGGGAAAAACGCUGAUUCCCGAAAUUGAAGACAUGCAGCAAUGCAAUAGGCAAAGCAAACAUCACGAUUUGCUUCCCUUAUCUGUAAUAGGAAAUUCUCUUGAAAUUUCCUGCUUUUAAAAGCUUCCGAUGUUAAUUUCUUUCGUUUUAGUACAUCAUGAACAAUGUAAUGCAACCCGGAUUUACCAUGCUCCUUAAAGCAUGCUUCACACAAAUAUCCCUUAUUGUGUAUAUCUCCAACACAUAUUCCAGCCCAAUGAAAGGAAGAAAAGCGUGCCAUAGUGGCAUUGUUUGUUUUGCAGGUGCCCACAUCGCCGACGACUGGAGUAACAACUCCUGGGGCAUCCCUACCAAAAACGACUUGAUCGGGACUUUGAUCUUCACUAAAAUCUUGCUCAGCUGGCUGGUGAAAACAUAAUGUUUUAUCAAUUGCAGAAAUCAAAGUGUUCUCUUCGUCUGACUCAUGUUCUUUAUCUGCCAUAAGGACCAAUACGUCAGCAAGGUGAAGCUUUUCCGCAACAUCUUUUGGGGAUGGAACACCAGAAAACAUUGGACCAUUAAAUCUUGCGUUUCUAUUAAUUAAAAACUCUAUAAUUGUAUAGUUUGAGUUUAUAACAGCUAAAUGCAGGGGUGUUAGACCACAUCCCUCCUUGAUGUUGACGUUGAAGCCACUGUAUACUAAGGCUUUUGCCAGUUGAUUAUUUCCUUUAUCGAUGGCAAUGUGAAGAAACGAUCUCUUGAGAUGAUCUCUAUGAACGUCCAGGUUUUCUGUUGCCAUAACGUUUAUUACUUCUAUGUAAUGUUCUUCAUUAUUUGAUACCAAUGCCGCCUGAAUACGUGAAGCAACAUUAUUGUACAAUUCCCAAAAUGACUGAUCCUCAUUUCUGAAUCUCCUUCUCUCACUCUCCAACGUACGGUUCGUGUUGUUUGUAACCGUAGAAGCGUCCUCGUCAAUUUGUUGUUCGCCGUUGGAAUGAUCGUCAUCUUCAUUUGUCAUAUCCGUGCUCUGUUCAAUGUCUGAUAGAUCACUAAAUACGACUCCGUCCAAAUGUUUUUCUUUAUUGCGUAAAUUGUUCUCAAAGUUGUUCAUGUCGCAGAUAUGUUUUGAUUGAGUAUGCAUACAUUCAUAACGAGAUCUGGCAGUAUUAACAUCGAACGAUUUGGUGAGGGUGUCGUAUGGAAGAAAUUCAGGAUUUUGCGGAGCAGAAUGUAAUUCAAAAUCUGUUUCAAAUUCUUUCAGUAUCGAAGAUGUACCUGCUAUUGUAGCAUUAUCUUCAAGUGACAAAGGUAAUACAAAGGCGGCCGUCUUUCUCGAACUGUUUGUCAUGUCUAUUAUACCUUCCACCGUUGGAACGUGAAUUUUAUAUCUUUUCUUGGGUUUCGAAAAAUUAGACGCUGAAAUCCAUGCGUUGAAUUCUGUUUCACUCAUGUCGCUAAUACAUUUUUUCGAACUAGGUAAACAAUUAUAUGCUUUGUCCAUAGCAGACAGUACGUAAUAAUCCUUAUACUUUUCAAAAAGUUUAUCGUCUAUAUUUUUGGACGAAUAAAGAAUAUCUGAGUAAGUAAGUUUCAGUACAUCUCUUUGGCUUUGACACAUAUCUUCCUUGUUACGCAUUUUCGUCUUUACCGUCUCAGAUAGGAAUGGAAUAAUAAAUGCUCUUCCAGUAAAGUUCCACAUUGAAAGUGUAAUUUCUUUAAAAAUUCUUAAAUGCUUACGUUUUCCUUUGUAAAUAUUUAUGUUAUCCAUUAAUAAUAUGAUAGCGAUAUCUGUAGGGGUAAUUUCUUUAACAUGGGCUUUCAUUUUAUCCAUUCUGUCAUCGAGAACAUCCAUGGCUUUCUGCCAACUCACCGUCAACCCGAUGUGAUUCAACAUACCAACGAACCGUGAUCCUGCUCCAUGUGAUAUGCAUAGAAUCGUAAACAAUAUUUUGAAGUCGUUUGUAAUUUUCUGACUACUGAGACUACACAAUAUUGCAAGUGCAUGUCUGGCACUAUGAACUCGUCUUCCAGUCUAUACGUUUCCACUACUUGAAGUUAACAACAGACACUCGACAAUUUCAAAAAGAAGAGGGCAAUCUUUAAGUAAUGACGUUGAAAGGUUGGAAAACAACGAACCAUCUAUUUGAAUUUCCGUCUUUGUAUUAAGGCCUAAGUUUAGCAUUGUCUUAAAACGGGAUGCUUCAUCAGAUAUAUCUUUUUUCAACGCUUCUGAUAGUCUAAAAGCCUGGUUUCUUUCCAUCAACUUCUCCACUUCUUGCUCAUAUAUUUUCACUAAACCAUCUGUGAAUUUUGAAAUAUCUCUGUUGAUAACUUUUUGACGCUCAAACAAAAGUUUUAGAUAAUUACCAUUCCAGUUUCCUUGCUCCUUAUCAAUCUCCCUUUCCAUUUCAUUAUUAACAGCAGAUAGUUCCUCUUGACGCCGUGCAAUUGCCUUUUUUAAGUUGUCAACUGGAGUGUUCUCAUGAAAAACAGUUCGUUCAUGGUCUGUAUCACGCAAAACAACGCACCGUUUUUUCAAGUUUUCAUAAACAAUUUCUCUUCCUUCUCCGGACAAUAUGCGUCGUGAUACUUUGACAUUAGGAAAAUGUUUUGAAAUUGUUUGAGUAAGCACCUUAGCACUAACUUCAAGCGUUUGCAAAAUUUCUUCUUGGGUCACAAAAUUUUCAUCACCAACUACAACCUCAUAAUGCUCAUUUAUAGCUGUAGUCAAGGAACAUCUUCUCUUCUUAAUCUCGAAACCAGAGGGGUGUUCACCAACCACUUCAUACGUGCUUGUAGAAGGUAAUAACUGACUGGGUGAUUUCAGACUACAAGAUGCUAGUCUCUUGGAUGCAGGUUCCCUUUCUUUAGCUGAAGGUGUCAAGGGAUGUUUAUUUGAAUGUUUCUCUUUCACAGGUGUUGAUUUUUUCGAACUGGUUUCAUCUGACAAAAGCACGAAAUUAAAUAAUCAGGUGGCAAAGGUGAAUGAUAAAUGGUGUGCAACCUUUCUUAAGCUUUCUUAAGUUCACUUGAACUAACAUAUCCUUUCAUUUAUAUGUGUUGGCUAGGAAAACAACUGGUCCUGGCAACAUUUAUUACAUAGAAAUAAGCAGAUAUAAUUUUGAUUAUCAGUAAAAAUUUAGCACUACUCAAAUUCCUCAUUGCUCAAAGUAAAUAUAUAAUAUAGAAAAUAUAAAUUUCUUCAUCAAGUCAAAAUGGUAUGCUGCAGUUUCACACUGAGUAGGUAAGAGUCAUCAUUUUGAAAUGAAAUACAACAUUUUUAUUGUUAAUCACUUUACAAAAAGACAAGAAUUUCUUAAAAAUCUCAAGAAUAAAUAAUCCACCCAUGUAAAGGAUAAUUAGCACAUUACAGUAUUAUGUUCAUUUUGCAACUCUUCGCUCGCUGUCAUCGAAUCUCAUGCACUCUCAUAAACUUUUCUCAAUUUUGAGAUGCUUCAAUAUGAGCUGCCUUAGUUUUAGUGGAAAUAUCCAGUAAUUUGUAAACUCUCAUCGUAUUUUAUUGGUGAAAACGUUUCAAAACGUAAAAUUGUUUUCAAGUGCCACUAAUUAUCGCUUCGUCUCAAAGCUUAGGUCAAACGAGGUUGAGAGUUAAUGAGAGUUUGAAUGACAGUUUUCAUGAGAGUUGAGAAAAAUCUCAUGCAAACUCUCGCUUCUCAACUCUCAUGCAACUCUUGUUCUCGUUUGACCGGGGAAUGAGAGUUGACAAAACUCUCACUUUUCAACUCUCAUCAACUCUUAUGCAACUCUUGUUCUCGUUUCACCGGAACAUGAGAGUUGAGAAAACUCUCAUGCAAACUCUCGCUUCUUAUUAACUCUCAUUCCCAUUUGACAAGGGACAAAGUUUCGCCCAGAUUUGUUAACUGACGGUUAGGAUUUACUUCUUUAAAAGUUCAAUUACUAUGCAAUCUGAAUGGUUCUCAGUAGUGUGAUUUCAGCACAAAUUGCACACAUAGGCCAUAGCAAUAACUAAAUUGCUUGCAUCAGCUAGAGCUAUAAUCACAUCAUUUUUGAGCCAAUUAGAUUGAAAUUGAAGACAACCAAUUCCAAAAUAAAUUAUUCAUUUUGAUUAUAUUUUUGAAAAUGAGUGGUCUAAAUUCCAGAAUACACUCAAGCAUAACAGUUUGCAAUAAAACAAUGAAAAACAAGUCCAAGUCCACAGAUUCAUAUGUUAAUAGACUGUAAUGCCAUAGAUUAGGAAAUGAAUAGAUGGCUCACUCCUUUGAUGUUUUUGACGCUGCCGGCACCCACACAUGUUCUUGCCAGAGUAAUGGUGGGCUAGUAAGAACUAUAAUAAAAUGUAUUGUGAAAUUAACAUCCAUGGUACUAAAUCUUGUAUUUUUCCGCUUUCAGGGGUUUUAAUCCAAAAAUAAAUCAAAAUUAUAAAAAUACAGGAUUUAGUAGCACUGAUGUCGUUUUGACAAUGCAUUUUACUACAGUUACUUGCUAGGCCGCCAUUACUCUGGCAAAACAUGCAUGGGUGCUGGCAGCGCCAAAAACAUCAAAGGAGUGAGCCAUCUAUUCAAUUCCUAAUCUAUAAUAAUAAGGCAAAAAAUGUAUUUUUUUCUCUGAAAUUAUCUGCCCCCAUGACCAUGUCCAGCUUCAAUUUCACAUUCAUUAAUAAGAGUAAACAUUAAAAAUAAUUUCAUAUUUCAUCUUGGAUCAAAAGGUUGUGGAAAGAAUCCAAGGCCAAAUAAUUGUUUGCUAUGUAGAAUUGUUGGUCUUGAGUAAAAUUAUAGGAAAACAACAAUUCUGAUUGUGAUACAUCAAGAACCUUUCAUUAUAGUAUAUUUGACAAAAAAAUAUUUUAAAAUAUUUAGAAAUAGCAUCCAGUGGUUUUGGCAGACUAAAAAGUUAGGUAACUUUUCUAUGGCUAUGAGGUCUGUUUUAGUUUUACAAUGCAAAAGCAUAUAUAAUCAAUAUAUUUAUAUAUGCUUUCUACAUAUUCUGCUAGCCUGUGAAAAGUCAUUCCAAAUACUUUAGAUAAGAUUCAAAUAUCAGUCUGCAAAAAAACAUUGAAAGCACAAUUUGAAAGACAAAUAUGGUCCAUAAAAAGGCCAUGCAUUAAUUAAAAAUGUAUCAUUUAUAGGAAGUAAUAUAGCGUCUCAUUGUUCGCUUGUUCUCUGAUACUCUGUCUUUUGAGUGAUAAUAUAAACACAAUGUCAAUGUCUGCAUGUAGAAUCUAUAUUACAACAAAAAGCUACAUACCAAGUUCUAUUUCGGAAAGUGAUAUAUUCAGAAUAUCUACAUCGCUGUCAACAAUGUUUAUAUCAGAUUCAUCGCUGCUGUCCUCCAUUGCU